AAGUAACAGCACUAAAUCCCCAACUGUUACACAAUGGUCAGGACCUAACCAUGCAUUCCUCUUAAAAUUUCACUGUAAUUGGCUUCACAAGGCCAUAGAUUGAAGAACCAAGAGGCAAGAGCUCUGCAGGCUGGUAGAAGAACAUCGUCCCAAGACAAGGGUAUUAUUGUAAUAUUCACUUGAAUAAGAGGCAUCACCUGUGGUCCGCAACUGCUGAUGGCAACUGUUCAAUAGUCACAGGCAGGCACCCUUUAAAACCAGCACUUAAACCUCCUUCACCGUCCUUCCCUCUUCUUCACCCUUCUCUUUCUCCUCACUACCAAUGCAAUAAGAGGAGAAAGAACCAAAAUUUAGCAAUGGAAUUCAAAAAGCUUUUCUUUUAUGAUAAGAAGAACGAAUUGGAUGCUGAUUAAAUAGACAUUAUUGAUCUGUUACUUUCUUUGGGAGGCUAAGAAACGAUGCCAAGCCAGCUAUGGUUUUCACUGCCAAUGAUUUACAAGAAUGGAAGGACUUUCCCAAGGGACUCAAGGUUCUUCUCCUUGAGGGAGACAGUGCUUCUGCUGCUGAGUUAAAAGAUAAACUUGAGGCCAUGGACUAUAAUGUUUCUACAUUCUGUGAUGAGAAUGAAGCCUUGUCAGCAAUCUCAAGUAGACCAGAAGGCUUCCACAUUGCCAUUGUGGAGGUGAGUUUAAGCAGUUGCCAGGGAGGUUUCAAAUUCCUUCAGAAUGCCAAGGACUUGCCAACCAUUAUGACUUCAAACAACCAUUGCCUGGACACCAUGAUGAAGUGCAUAGCGCUUGGUGCAGUUGAGUUCCUCAGCAAACCACUCUCCGAGGACAAGCUCAAAAAUAUCUGGCAGCAUGUGGUUCACAAGGCAUUCAAUGCUGGGGCAAGUGUCCUUUCUGAAUCACUAAAACCUGUCAAAGAAUCUGUCAUGUCCAUGUUAGAGCGCCAAACGGACCAAGAACAACACGAAGGUAGAGUCUCAAUUGAUUUAGAGAAUGUAUCCAGGAUCACUGACAACAAUAACCAUGAGCAGUAUCCGGCUCCGUCAACCCCACAAUUGAAACAAGGGGAAAGACUAAUGGAUGAUGGGGAUUGCCAAGAGCAGACUAAUUGCUCAACAGAAAAAGAAAGUGGGGAUUGUGAUGGAGAGUCUAAAUUUGUCGAAACUACAUCUGGAAAUUUGAAUGCUGAAAGUAUUCCUCAGCAAAGGGAAUCUGAAAUGACUCCGGUUAAGGAGGAAGAGAAUUUUGCCAAUGCUUCUAAGGGUGUAUCUGCUGUUUCUCCACAUCCACAAAAUAGUAAGGUUCUCAGCAACGCCGACAGUAAAACAUCAUCUCCUAAUAAAGCGGGUGUUCAUGGUGAUAAGUGUGAGAUAAAAGCUAACCGGAAGAAGAUGAAGGUAGACUGGACGCCAGAGCUUCACAAAAAAUUUGUGAAGGCAGUGGAACAACUAGGCAUUGAUCAAGCCAUUCCUUCUCGAAUACUGGAUCUAAUGAAAGUGGAGGGCUUGACAAGGCAUAAUGUGGCAAGCCAUCUUCAGAAAUACAGAAUGCAUAAGAGACAAAUCUUGCCUAAGGAAGAAAGUAGGAAAUGGUUAAAUCAAAGAGAUGCAGUGCAAAGGAGCUAUUUCCAUCAAAGACCAAUUAUGGCCUAUCCUCCAUAUCAUUCUAAUCACACCCUUCCUAUGCCUCCUGUGUAUCCUAUGUGGGGCCCUCCUGGUUAUCCCUUGUGGCAGCCUACAGAAAGCUGGCACUGGAAACCACUUCCAGGGAUGCAUGCAGAUGCAUGGGGCUGCCCAGUGAUACCGCCUCCUCAAGCUCCUCCCUUUACCUACUCUCAGCAGAAUGUAGAUGCAUUGGGCAAUGCUAAUGCUGUGGAUUACACGUUUAGCAUGCCGCCGCAUAGUUCCUUUGAGCUUUAUCCGGCAGAGGAAGUUGUUGACAAGGUUGUGAAGGAGGCAAUAAAUAAGCCAUGGCUACCUUUACCAUUAGGCCUCAAACCUCCUUCCACAGAUUGUGUGAUAGCUGAACUUUCCAAGCAAGGCAUUUCCGCCAUCCCUCCUGGAAGCUGUUCUAACUUCUAAUCCCAGUUGACAAGUACAAUCCAAACACCUGUUCUGAUGGUGACCAACUUCAAAAGGGUCCACCAGAUCAUUAAGACCCUCUGUUGUUGUUAUUUUGUUUCUCAAUUUUAUUAUCAGGUUUUCCAACUAGUAGAUUGACUGGGAAUAGGAAUUGGGACCAUUUUGCUUUGAUCCACAGCACCAACCAACAACUUUUUUCAAGGUCUCUCACAUCACAUGCUGUUGAGUGUUGAUGUCAGCUCAUACAAUACCAGGAUGCAACAUUAAUCAAGUAGUCAUUGAUCCUAUCCUAAACAACAAAGCAGCAAUAAAAACAAAAAAGUCAGCUCCUUUAAUACAGUGCAGGACACCCUUAUUGGCAACUUAGCCGGUUGAGAAGUGUCCACGCUUAUGUUGAUGCUUUCUACAAAUUUUUUGUGGUUGUAAAUAGAUGCUGAUUGAUAUGCUAGCUUGUUAUGGGGGUAUGGUCAUAAAUGUGGUACUUUGGGGAAGCAUAAAGUGUACCCAUAACAGUGAUAGAUAGGAGGGGGGCCAUUGUUGUUGUUUUGGUGUGGGGCUGCUAGUGUAGGAAUCUAAUAAUGGAAAGGAUAGGAUAAUGUUGUGAAUAAGGAUGAGUCCAAAGCCCUCACGGAUGCUAACUUUUUCUUUUUCAAAUUGAAUUUGUUCACCUGUUCACUGAACUCAGAAUUUUCUCAUGUUGUUCAUCUUCUGUAUAUCAAUUUAUCUUUUUGACGGCAUUAACAGGCACACAUAUACAA